GCACUUGAGCGCGUGCGCAAAAGGAAAGGACACAGGAAAUGUUUUUCCUGCGCAGGCGUCAUGGUCCUGAGGGCGGGGCUUGGCUGCGCCGCGGUGCGCAGGCGCAGCCGUCGGUGGGUCGGGUCUUCGGUCGACUGAGAGAUCCUGAACAAGCAUUGUCACUUCCCCAGCCUUGAGAUGGACAACAGGAAGCGCCUGGCCUAUGCCAUCAUCCAGUUCCUGCAUGGCCAGCUGCGGCAUGGUGGGCUCUCGUCUGACGCCCAGGAGAGCCUAGAGGUUGCCAUCCAGUGUCUGGAGACAGCCUUCGGGGUGACGCUGGAGGACAGUGACCUUGCUCUCCCCCAGACCCUGCCAGAGAUAUUUGAAGCAGCCACUGCCAGCAAGCAGGAGAUGCCACAGGACCUGAGGAGCCCUGACAGGACACCACCCUCUGAGGAGGACUCAGCUGAGGCAGAGCGCCUCAAAACAGAAGGUAAUGAGCAGAUGAAGCUGGAGAACUUUGAGGCGGCCGUGCACCUCUAUGGCCAGGCCAUUGAGCUCAACCCUGCGAAUGCCGUCUACUUCUGUAACAGAGCCGCAGCCUACAGCAAACUGGGGAACUACGUGGGGGCUGUGCAGGACUGUGAGCGCGCCAUUGGCAUCGACCCUGGGUACAGCAAGGCCUAUGGCCGGAUGGGCCUUGCGCUGUCCAGCCUGAACAAGCAUGCUGAGGCUGUGGCGUACUACAAGAAGGCCCUGGAGCUGGACCCUGACAACGACACGUACAAGUCCAACCUCAAGAUUGCAGAGCUGAAGUUACGGGAGGCACCGAGCCCCACGGGCGGCGUGGGCAGCUUGGACAUCGCUGGCCUUCUGAGCAACCCCCACUUCAUCACCAUGGCUUCCAGCUUAAUGAACAGCCCGCAGCUGCAGCAGCUUAUGUCGGGCAUGAUCUCCGGAGGCCACAACCCUCUGGGCACUCCGGGCAGCAGUCCGCAGCAGAGUGACCUGGCCAGCCUCAUCCAGGCGGGCCAGCAGUUUGCACAGCAGAUGCAGCAGCAGAACCCAGAGUUCGUGGAGCAAAUCCGGAGCCAGGUAGUGCGCAGCCGGACACCCAGCGCCAGCCACGAGGAACAGCAAGAGUGACAAUGCUGACCCGAGUGGUCCCUUCGCUCCACGGCCUCCUGGUGUUUUAGCAUUUUCUCCGUCGGGCAGCUCAAGAGAGAAACUGGACCUGCAUGUUAAGACGGACUCAUCCCCCGCCUCGUGUCUGUCUUCAUCCUUUCCUUAUGUGUUUUGUAUUCUUACUGGCCGCACACCUUUCUGGAAGAGUCUGCAGAGGACUACCUACAUACCAGCACCAGUUCCUCCAGCCACCUAGGGACGCUGCAGGGAGGGGUUGGAGUGGGCCCUUGGGUCGCAGGCCCCACCCUACCGGGUCCCUCCUAAGGGACUUGAGUAGCUGACUCUCAUUCCCCUGGGAAGUGUCCACUGCCAGCCCCAGCUGGGUGCCAGCGUCCCACGCCUACGCUUGGAUUGCAGGUUCCAACAGGUGCCCUGGCCUGCCUUAUUCCAGUGUCCUGUGCCACACAGAACUGAGGCCUGUGACCUCUGCCCAGCAUGUGGCCAUCUGUGUCUUGUCUUCCCAGCUCCUCCGUCUUCACAGCAUCAGCUAGUCCUAGUUUUGUGUCCAGUCUGGCUCCAUUAUCAGCCUGGGUGGCACACAUGGACAUGAACCCAUCUGUGCCCGUCCUGUCCUUGACCUCGAGGGAAUGCAGUGUCUGGGGGUGGCAGGGAGCUUUGGGUAUUGGCCCUUGGGUUGUGCCAUCAGCCCUGAAACAGCCACCAGAGCCAUCUGUGUUCGGUCAGUCUGUCCAGUGAGGAUGUGGAUAUCCCCACACCCAAGAUCACAGGACUGCUGAACCGGCAGGGGGUCACGAUGGCAUCGGGCUGGGGCAGGUAGUGUCAGAGCUGUGUGUGUCAUAGGUUGCCAGUAGGAAGAUGGGCCCAGAGGGCAGCAGUGCCCCCUUGGGCACAAACUUCCUUGGGAAUAAAGACAGUGAUGAUGCUCA